AUGGCUCAACCUCAGUCGCAGGUACCGCCGCGGGCCUAUUCGCCGCCGCAGCCCACUCCGUCACCCGCGGGCUCUCAGUCAGCCUACGCGCUCCCACCUAAUAAGAGAGCUGGAGGCGCGUCGCAACCGGGCUCGCCAUAUCCUGUUUCUCCUUACGCCGCAAGCCCAGGUGCAGCAGGUAGCCCCCCAGUUACUGCGGGCUCCCCUGUGUAUGCGCAAACACCUCCAGUGCAGGGCGGUUACAACACACCUUAUGCAAACGGCCAAGCGACGCCUGUUGUUUAUAACGUUGCCGAAGCUCGAGCAGCGGCCGCCGCCGCUGCUGCUGCUGCUGCUGCAAACGCGACCAUUUCUCCGAUGCAACAACAUCAACAAAUCCCCGGCAUGUCAACAUACACGAAUGCAACACUCGCGCCUACUCUACGCCAAGGGCAGCAACAGAUGCAACAGAACGUCAUGGGUCCGCCUCAACGCCCUGCGGAGCGGCCGACAAAGGACUAUGAAUACGACGUUACCGAUUCGUUGGCGGGGACCGGUAUUGAUUUGCGCGCCGAGGAACAGUACAUGUCUGAACUUUACUCUAGUGCGAUGGAGAGAAGUCAAGAUGCGCGCACGGGAUUUGCUGUGCAUCCGCCGUCUGGUGCCAGUUCGUUUUACGGUGCAGGCCCUGCAAAUCAGCCCGCCGAAACGAUCAAGGAUCAAUCUCAGAAAGAAUAUGAGGCUCAAGCUGCGGAGCGGGCAUGGAAAGAGUCUGCUAUGAGAUUAGCAGCCCAAAGAACGCAGGAGAUUGCGAAUCCUUUUCUCCUUGUGGCUAUUAUGCAUCGGCGAGCGGAAAAGAUUGCGCAAGAGCAUCACCUCAACCUCAACCUCGAGCUUCGCAACAAUGCGUAUACGACGGGAAAAUUGCGCUAUCCCGAGCAAUUUCCAACGCCAUCCGUGAACGUCAAGACUCAGCCCGGGCCGGACUCGACAACGGUUAGCACCACGGGAUCAUUCAUACCCCACGACGCCUACUUGGUUGACCAGCUUGCGCUGCUAUCAAUAAGCACAAAGCAACGACUACGAGAACUCAUCGAGGACGCCAACACGAUUGCCCUUAACCGACAAAAGACGUCACAUGGCGAUGUACCAGAAGAGUGGGCGCCGGCCGCAGCGCCUAUGAACAAGGAGGUGCUCGAGGUUGUGGAUGCGCCCAACCAAGCGGGCAUCUCCGAGGCUGACGACGGUUCUCGGAAACGUCCUGCGGAUCAAACGAAUGGCGAUUUGAACACGAAACCUGCGAAAUUACCGAAAGUCUCUUCAUUCAUGACAAUCACGAUGCGUGAGCUGGCUAGACAAGAGCGCGACUGGGAAGAAGCCCGUUUGCGGAGAAGGCAAAAGCGAAAAGACGGCACAAUCGACACGGCCGGGACUAGUUCACGGGCAGGCAGCGUGGCUCCAGGAACACCGGGAACUGUUGCGCCAGAGUCCGACAAGGCGAUGACGAAGAAGGAGCAAAAGAAGAACCAGGCACUGAAGGCUGCCGAGGCCAACAGCCACGCGAACCAAAACAUGACGAGUAGCAUGUUCGCGGGUUUGGGAGGCAAGAGCGGCUUGUUUGGCAAGAGCAAACGCAAGACGUACGAUUGGAUGAAUGUUGGCCGAGGGGGCAGCGGCGUAAACACGCCUUCAAAGGGCACAGGCGACGGCGGGAAGACAAUAAAUGGCGUGGUGCAGGCAGGGCCCAACAAUAUGGCACUGACGACGGAAGGCAGAAACCGUCUCGGUACGUGGCGUGAGGACAAGGAGAAGGGGAGGAAUAUCCAGCUGCGCGACUGGAUCACAGUUCUAGAGCGGGAUGGACGAGAGGCAGUUGGGCAGAUAUGCUCCACGGCGUCCCCCAAGGGAAACCUGGAGCAAUGUGUGAAGCUUGUGGCCAAGGCUGCCGCCGGCGGCGCCAAAGUCCUCUUCCUCCCUGAAGCAUCGGAUUACAUUGCCCCGGACGCAAAGACGUCUCUGGAGCUAGCCCGGCCGCAGACGACCUCGCCGUUCGUCCUGGGCCUGCGCGCCGCCGCCAAGGCCCACGCCGUCGGCAUCCACGUCGGCAUCCACCACAUGCCGCCGCCGACCGCCGAAGACGCGGGCGGCGGGCGGCGGAUGGUCAACCGGGCGCUGUACAUCGCGCCCGACGGCGAGGUCGACGACGCCGCGACCUACGACAAGAUGCACGUCUUCGACUACGGCGAGCUACGGGAAAGCGCCACCGUGCGUCCCGGCUCCCGGCUCACGCCGCCGUUCGACACGCCCGUCGGCCGCGUCGGCAGCCUGAUCUGCUUCGACCUGCGGUUCGCGGAGACGGCGACGGCGCUGGCGCGGCCAGGCGCGCGGAGCGGGUGGCGCGCGCACCCGGCGCAGGUGCUGACGUACCCAAGCGCGUUCACGCUGCGCACGGGGACGGCGCACUGGGAGCCGCUGCUGCGCGCGCGCGCGAUCGAGACGCAGAGCUGGGUCGUGGCGGCGGCGCAGGUCGGACGGCACAACGAGCGAAGGGCGAGCUACGGGAGGAGCAUGGUCGUGGAUCCCUGGGGCCGCGUGGUGCUGGCGCUGGGCGGCGUCGCGGACGAGCAGGGCACGGCGGCGGACGGCGCGGAGGGGGAGAUUGGGUUCGUGGAGGUUGAUCUAGAGGAGCUGGAGCGGGUGAGGCGCGAGAUGCCGCUUCAGCGGCGGUGUGAGCUGCUCCUCUGA